AUGGUGGAAUGCUUCAAGUCAAACACAGUGAGGAAGCCCUGGGAGGCUCUGAUAACAUGGCUCCCUCACGAGGCCCUGAAGGCUAUCUCUUGCCACGGUGCCUUCCUCAGCGCCACAUGUGUUCUCAAUAAGCAAGGCUUUCCCACAGGCCCGAGUUGGCCCGGGCUGAGCCGAGCUGGAACUAUGAGUGGGACAGCUCAGAGCUGGGUGGAUCUGGAGGGACUUCAACAGAACAACAGCUACACUGUGGAGCUGCAGGCUGUCACGUACUGGGGACAGGUGCGGCUGAAGAGCUCUAAGGCUUCUCUCCACUUCAGCACUGGCCAGAAUAACGCGUCAGUAAAAUCGGUGCUCAAGUUAAAAAAGGAGGAGAUAUCCCCUCUUGGUUCGACCCUGGCCAAACGCCCCUCUGGCCCUUUGGAGGUGGGCACGCCCUUCUACCAAGAUGGCCAGCUGCAGGUCCGUGUCUACUGGAAGAACCGGGGAGAUCCCUCAGUGAGUCGCUACCACGUCCAGUGGAUGCCGGAGUACUGCAGCCACAACGAGACCCGGGGACCAGAGAAAUCCGUCACACAGGAGAACUACAUCAACCUCCCGGGCCUGCUGUUCUCCUGCAAGUACAAAGUCACCGUUCACAUGCUGAAGUCCAAGAGACGCUCCAAGGAUGAGAGCACCACCUUCCUCACACCGUCCUGUGCCACCAUCCGCAGCAAGACUCACAAACACAUCCCCUGCCCAGGGGAGGGAGCACCGGGGCUUCCAAAGGUUUUGGCAAAGCCUGAGAACCUGACAGCCUCCUUCUCCAUCAACGACGGAAACAUCACCGGCAACUUUCUGUGGCGUGUGUCCCGAGUGGCUCCCAAUCAGCGAAUCACAGGCUUCCAGGUCACCUGGGCCGAGAUCACCACUGAGAGCCGGCAAAACAGCCUCCCCAACAGCAUCAUCUCACAGUCCCAGAUCCUGCCUCCAGAUCAUAACUUGCUCGUAGUGUCCAACCUGCGGCCGUCCACCUACUACAGACUGGAGGUGCAAGUCAUAACAACUGGAGGAGAAGGUCCUGCCACUGUCAAGACCUUCCAGACCCCAAACAUAUUACCAGUCAUUCAACACCGGCCCAGACUCCGGCAGCAUCACUCUCAUCACCAGAAGCCAUCGGUAGAGAGACACUGAGUUUCAAGUGGAGGAAAACCCCAGUCGGGAGACGUAUCAUCGGCUCUUUGCUCCAGUCUGUCGGGGAAGGAAUGUUUGGAACCAGACAGAAACACAGCGCACCAGACCAUGAACUGACCUCCCCCAGCUCGUGAAAUAUGGGUCCAUCCUCUCCAGGCUCCACAACACAUCAGCUCUCCUUCUUACAAACCCCUCCCUCUUGACUGACACAAGGCACAUGGUGACAGGUUGGUCUGCACAGGGAAACCAAGAAGAAAUGAAAUUCCAGGUCAAAGUAUCCAGAUCCAGGAACCCCAAAAAGAAAUGUUGUGAUCCAGCAUAAAAGAUAUUAAACAUUUUAAUUGGAUUUGAUAACAGACAGGAAAUAGAAACACAAUAACUUAGGCAACCUGAUUGAAAAUGAUCUGAAGUGGAUGGUAGGAAAAGCCAGAAAUGUAAAACCAAUUGUUCAUUCAUGAAGAAAGAAGAAGUAGAGAGUCAUCUAUUUAUUUUGUGUUACCCUUUAAAGAGGCGCUUAGGCACACAGUCAGUACUGAUGGAUAAUGUAAUUAAAGUCAUUGUUGUCUAACCCAAAAUAUUUCAUGUAGUAUAUUGCAUGUAGUACAUUUGAUUUUUUAUUUGAACUGUAAAUGAAUCACUUGCUUCAAAUUGAAAGCUCGUAAUGGUUUUGCAUGACGACCAUUAGCGUUCUGUUGGCAUGGAGUAAUGUCUGUAGUGUUACCUCUUUUCAAUAUGUUAGCAAUAUUUCAUUAACAGAUUAACAAAGAACUAUAUUGGGAGUAAUAUGUAAUGUUUAUUAAUGAAAUUAUAACUCGUGUGGAGAUGAUGAAUUGUACAUGUUCUUGGCUGUAGAAAUAUUUGUCGUGGAGCAGUCAGUGAAUGUCUAUAUUUAUUUAUGUGUGUAUUACAAAGUUUGGUUUGGAUGUGUGUGAAUGUGUAUGUUUCUGUGUGUUUUAGUCUCGAAACUUUUUGAACCGGCAGAAAAAAAUCUUGUAAAGACAUUUUGUAAAAAUUGAAUUGUAAAUACAGUCUUAUGUUACAUGUUAUUUUUCCAUGGUAGAAACUGUACAAACUGCUAAGUAAUAAAAUAAUCCUU